AAAUCGAUAAAAUACAUCUUGUAUUUGGCUCCAGUGCAGGAGUUUUUGCUUGGAUGCUCAAAUUUCCUAAAUUCGAAAACAGAUUUUCCUUCUCUGGAUUUCACUUUUUCUUUCUAGAUCGAUCUCAGGCUCAGGGCUUCACCUUCGUUUAUCGUCUCGUCGUCGCGUACUGUUGUUACUUUAUCGUCCAUGUUAUCUCUGGUUUUCUUAUCAUCUUGGAGAUUUCAUCUUUCUUUCAGAGUAGGAUCGAGAACUGUUAUUGAGCGGCUUACUUGAAUUCAUGGGUUUAUUUUAAUCACUGUGAUGUGAAUAUGGUUUUUGGAAGUGAGUGUAAGCGAAAAGGAUUAUAAGUUUCAAGCAAUUUUAUCGUAUUCACUUAUUUAUGCUUCAAGGUUGAGGUAGCUUGGAGGAUGAAUAGAAAUAUAGUUUUUGUGCGAUUUGGUGGUAUCUUUUGAUCAUGUUAGAGUUGAUGGAAUGAGAAAGAAUACAAUUUGAAAGAUGGAUGAUGAUAGAGAAAUUGGGAUGUUGCUUCCUGGUUGGAACAAUCCAACUGAGUCUCGCAUUUUUAUUUUAUCUUGCUUUAUUGCUGCUUUAGUUGGUAUUUUGACAAUAGCUUACACGGCUUUCCAAUGGAGAAGAAACAUUAAUCUAAAUUGGAUGAAAGCGAUAGCCAGGUCAAAGAAAAACCCAAAGGCAAGGCACAAGGUUCCUGUAGCUCUUCAUAAUUGGGUUCUUGAAUCUAUAUCUCGUGGAAAGAAUCUAAAUUGCUGUGUCUGCUUAAACUCCAUGACUCCUCAAACUCUUGGUCCUAUGGUGGCAUCAGACAGUUUUAUUCACCAUUGUAGCACUUGUGGUGUAGCAGCACACCUAAGUUGUUCUUCAAGUGCACACAAGGAUUGCAAGUGUGUGUCUAUGGUUGGACUUGAGAAUGUGAUGCACCAAUGGGCUCUUCGAUGGACAGAGAUGACAGACCAACCUGAUGAAACUUCCUUUUGUAGUUCUUGUGAAGAGCCAUGUAGUGGGUCUUUUCUUAGUGGAUCCCCUAUAUGGUGUUGCUUGUGGUGUCAACGACUUCUACAUGUUGAUUGUCACAGUAGCACAUCUAAUGAAACCGGUGAUAUUUGUGAUUUAGGUCCAUUUAGAAGGCUGAUUUUAUCACCGCUUCAUGUUAAGGAAUUGAAUUCAUCAGGCGGAUUUUUGAGUUCUAUCACACAUGGAGCAAAUGAGAUUGCUUCUUCAGUGCGUGCAAGUAUUAGGAGUCAGAGCAAGAAAUACAAGCAUGGUAAUGAAUCCUCUGUUGACACAGGUAAUAGUGGUAGCACUUGUGACCCAUCCACAGAAAGCACAGCUGAUGCUCAUCCUACAGUAAAUGGUUUUCAUGGUGUGGGGGAAAGCUGUAAUGGUAGCUUGAAUGUGGGGAGUCCUCGCCAUGGUGGUAGUGUAGAUAGGAUGGACUCAAAACAUAGUUUUAAAAGAAGUGGCUCGCUUAAUCAGAAGGAUGAGUAUCAGAUAUUAGGAAUGAAACAGAGAUAUGAAAUAAUUGAUUUGCCUCCUGAUGCAAGACCAUUGUUAGUCUUCAUCAACAAGAAGAGUGGGGCUCAGCGUGGAGAUUCCCUCAGGCAGCGAUUGAACUUUCUUUUGAAUCCUGUUCAGGUAUUUGAAUUGAGCUCAACAGAGGGGCCAGAAGUAGGCCUUUAUUUUUUCAGGAAGGUGCCUCACUUCAGAGUUCUUGUAUGUGGUGGAGAUGGUACUGUUGGUUGGGUUUUGAAUGCCAUAGACAAGCAAAAUUUCAUUUCUCCUCCACCUUUAGCUAUUCUUCCUGCUGGAACUGGAAAUGACCUGGCUAGGGUACUAUGCUGGGGAGGUGGUCUGGGCUCAGUUGAGAGACAAGGAGGUCUUUGCACGUUAUUACACCAUAUAGAGCAUGCUGCGGUAACUAUUCUUGAUCGGUGGAAGGUGGCUAUUGUAAAUCACGGAAAGCAACUUCAGUCGCCUAAAUUUAUGAACAACUAUCUUGGAGUUGGGUGUGAUGCAAAAGUUGCACUGGAUAUCCACAAUCUGAGGGAGGAAAAUCCAGAGAAAUUUUAUAACCAGUUUAUGAACAAAGUUCUCUAUGCAAGAGAAGGUGCUAGGAGUAUAAUGGAUAGGACAUUUGCAGACUUUCCAUGGCAAGUUAGAGUGGAAGUGGAUGGUGUCGACAUAGAGGUCCCUGAGGAUGCUGAGGGUGUACUUGUUGCAAACAUUGGAAGCUAUAUGGGUGGUGUAGACCUUUGGCAAAAUGAGGAUGAAUCCUAUGAUAAUUUUGAUCCGCAAUCCAUGCAUGAUAAGAUACUAGAGGUUGUGAGCAUAUCUGGAACAUGGCACCUUGGAAAGCUUCAGGUGGGUCUUUCUCGUGCUCGAAGGCUAGCACAGGGCCAGUCAAUAAAGAUACAGCUUCUUGCUGCAUUGCCUGUACAGAUUGAUGGAGAACCUUGGUUUCAGCAGCCAUGUACUUUGGUUGUAUCCCAUCAUGGACAGGCUUUCAUGUUAAAGAGGGCAGCUGAGGAACCUCUUGGUCAUGCAGCUGCCAUAAUUACUGAUGUACUUGAGAAUGCUGAAACUAACCAUGUAAUUAAUGCUUCACAGAAGAAAGCACUUCUUCAAGAAAUGGCACUUAGGCUGACCUAGAGGUCAUCACUGGCCACCUUGAUAGAUAUUGUGGUUUUGAUCAUCGCUGCCUCAUGAAAAUAUUGCUCGUUUUACAUUGUUGCUUGUAUCUCUUCAUACAAUUGUCAGGUGUUUUGGUGUUUUAGCUGAGGCGAGUCUGUAAAUUCAGUUUACAACUAAUAGUUUUCCCCAUGUUGAAAAUUGGCGGAAAGGGGAAAUUUUGGAUUUGUUGUGAAAGAAAUGUAGAAAUAUGACAGGAAAAAGUUGAUUAGUAUCCCUUGCUUUUGUACCUUCCACUCGAUUCCAUAAGUAGCCUGGUUUUGAGAGUUUAGUGCCA